AUGUCUUAUUACUGGAUCAACGAUGGCAGUCAACAGAACAACUGGUACAGUAGUGAAGCAAAUGCCGGUUGGGGACAGCAUAAUAAUAGCCAACAACAAUCAUAUAUCCCACAAGCUUAUUAUGACAACUAUCGACCGCAACAGCCACAGAAUACAUAUAGUGGUCAGUACUUCAUGCCAUCCCAGUUACAAGCUUUGCCUACUGAUGAUUUCGAAAACGAGCCGCCAUUGUUGGAAGAGCUUGGCAUCAAUUUUAGCCAUAUCAAACAGAAAACAUUAGCCGUGUUGAAUCCCGUUGGCUCUGUGCCACCGCAUGUGAUUGCUGAUCAAGACUUAGCCGGUCCGCUUGUAUUUUGUCUUUUAUUUGGUGUUGCUUUGUUGCUUCACGGAAAGAUUCAUUUUGGAUAUAUUUAUGGAAUCGGUGCUCUGGGUUGUGUUGGAAUAUAUGCAUUGCUAAAUUUGAUGGCUGCUGACAAUUCGAUCUCGUUCACCUGUACUGCUAGCGUCCUUGGAUACUGUUUACUACCGAUGGCUAUUUUAAGUAUGAUAGCUGCAAUCUUCUCUUUUCAGGAUGUGUUAGGCUACUUGAUAGCAAGUGCAGCUGUAAUAUGGUGCAGUGUUGCCUCAUCCAAACUGUUUGUUACGACAUUAUCUUUGGAUGAACAGCGAUUGCUCAUCGCAUAUCCGUGUGCCUUGCUAUAUUGUGUUUUUGCUCUUCUUGCCAUCUUUUAG